UGCUCAAGUAAGAAAAUCAAUCAAGUGGAAUGGUGUCGGCUGCGUCUACCGUCGGGCUGUUGUCGAUUUUAACGGCCAUUGUGAACGCUGCGGAUCCAUCGUGCGGUGUUCAAUACUCGAACACGAACACGGAGGGAGAUUUAGUGGGCACGGUGCUCUACCCCGCAAGCCCCGAAGUAUGCUGCGCAAAUUGCACUGCCAACCCCGACUGUCAAUUCUUCGUCACAGACGACGGUGGAUGGAGACAAAUUGAGCCCAAGUGUCGUCUGGUGAGCAAGGCCCAGACGAUGUUCGACUUCAUCCGCGGUAGUGGGGGCAAAAACACUGUCGUCAUGUCAGGGCGAGAAAUUCCGGCAUGGGGAAAGUGCGGCGACCAAAGCGGCUUCAAACUCUGCACGCAAGGGUUCUACUGUCAGCCGUGGGACUCAAAAUACUACCAGUGCAUUCAAAAGCCCAGCAAGUGCGAAGUCUACACCAAUGUCGACUUGUACGGGAACGACCUCAAGCGGAUCCAGGAUAUCAAACCAGGAGAAUGCUGCGAUGAGUGCGACAAGACCAUGGGCUGCCUCGGCUACACGUACGUGAACGACGACCCUCGAGGCACGCAAUGCUACCUUAAGAGCAGUGUCGAUGGCUGGGUGAAGAAAGUUGGUGUACACUCUGGUGUCAUGCCUUCUCUUCCACCUUGGUCCAAGUGUGGGGACCACACGGGAUUCCGACCGUGCGCCAACGACUUCUACUGCCAGCCAUGGGACUGGAGUUACUACCAGUGCAUCCAGCGUCCUCGAUGCUACGUGGAGACCAACAUUGACUACUACGGAAACGACAUCAAGCGGGUAUCGGGUAUAGGCCCCGGUGAAUGCUGCGAGGAGUGUGGUAAGACACCAGGUUGUGAUUCCUACACUUGUAUCAACGAUGAUCCAACAGGUACCCAGUGCUACCUCAAGAGUAGCAGUGCUGGGCGUACCACGAAGAUUGGUGCCAUCUCCGGUAGUGUCACACCAGGAAUGAAAUAAGGGCGGGGUAGUAGACCACGAAUUGUAAGGGUUUUGAAUCUCUCGAUUGCCUCACUUCCACUCUUCGGCUAACGAGCUUGCACACCCGGUCCCGGUUAUCUGAAUAUCAGUUUCAUCGUCUCGUGAA